UGUACCACUUGCCUUACAUUGUUAACGCGGAUUUCUCCCGUUCAAGCCAGCAGUAUUUGUCUUCCGUGAGCCAAACCGGGGUCACAGGCUCCCACAAAACGCAUGAAAUCUCGGCUACAUUUGGCAGCGGGGCACACACCGACAAACCCUCUAACAUGAUUUGGUGGAUUGUUUGGCUGUAACCCUGCUCAGACCGGAGGCUGCUGCCGGUAGGGAUGGUGCCGCUGUAAAGAGCCGGUGUGCCGUUUCAAAGAGGAACGGGAGAGGACAUGCCUGUGGUCGGGGGAAAAGGGAGGAAGUGCCCAGACAACAUGACUGUUUUCAACCAGGAAAAUGUUGAGGAGCUGUAUGAGAUUGGAGACGAAUUGGGGAGUGGCCAGUUUGCUGUGGUCAGAAGAUGUCGGCACAGGAGUACAGGUGUGGAGUACGCCGCAAAAUUCAUCAAGAAGCGGCGCAGCAAGUCAAGUCGACGAGGUGUGACAAGGGAGGACAUUGAGCGUGAGGUGAACAUCCUGAAGGAGAUCCAGCACCCCAACAUAAUCACUCUCCAGGAGGUCUUUGAGAACAAGGCGGAGGUCAUCCUGAUCCUGGAGCUUGUGGCUGGCGGUGAACUCUUUGACUUCCUGGCAGAGAAGGAGUCCCUGAGUGAGGAAGAAGCUACACAAUUCCUCAAGCAGAUCCUGGACGGAGUCUUCUACCUUCACUCCAAACAAAUCGCUCACUUUGACCUUAAGCCGGAGAACAUCAUGCUGCUGAACCGCUCAGUGCCUCACCCGCGCAUCAAGCUCAUUGACUUUGGUCUGGCACACAAGAUAGAUUUUGGCAACGACUUUAAAAACAUUUUUGGAACUCCAGAAUUUGUGGCUCCAGAAGUAGUCAACUAUGAACCUUUAGGCCUGGAGGCAGACAUGUGGAGUGUCGGUGUGAUCACCUACAUUCUACUGAGCGGUGCAUCUCCGUUCCUGGGCGACAACAAGCAGGAGACUUUGGCCAACGUGUCAGCUGUGGAUUACACAUUCGAUGAGGAGUUCUUCAGUGGCACCAGCAUCUUGGCCAAAGACUUCAUAGCACGGCUUCUUGUCAAAGAUCCAAAAAAGAGAAUGACGAUUCAGGACAGCCUCCAGCACCCCUGGAUCAAGCCAAAAGACACUCAACAAGCACUGAGCAGGAAGGAGUCGGCUGUCAACAUGGAAAAGUUCAAGAAGUUUGCAGCUCGAAGAAAAUGGAAACAAUCCGUCCGACUUAUCUCCUUAUGCAACCGCCUGUCCCGCUCCUUCCUGUCCAGAAGCAACAUAAGUGUGGCGCGCAGUGAUGACACACUGGAUGAGGAGGACUCCUUCGUGAUGAAGGCCAUCAUCCACGCCAUAAACGACGACAACGUGCCCGGCCUGCAACAUCUGCUUGGUUCCUUGAACAGCUAUGACGUUAACCAGCCCAACAAGCAUGGAACCCCUCCCCUCCUGAUCGCAGCUGGCUGUGGCAACAUUCAGAUCAUUGAGGUGCUGAUGAGGAAAGGUGCAGAGAUCCAGGCCCAUGACAAGAGUGGAGCCAACGCUAUCUACUACGCAGCGAGACACGGCCAUGUCGAGACCCUGAAAUUCCUCCAUGAAAAGAAGUGCCCUCUGGAUGUCCAAGAUAAGUCUGGGGAAACAGCUCUUCAUGUGGCAGCUCGCUACGGUAAUGUGGAUGUAGUGAGCUACCUGUGCAGUAUCCAGGCCAACCCAGACUUGUCUGACAGAGAGCAGGAGACCCCACUCCACUGCGCUGCAUGGCAUGGAUACUCUGCAGUGGCCCGAGCACUGUGCCAGGUGGGCUGCAACGUGAACGCAAAGAACCGCGAGGGGGAGAGUCCACUGUUGACAGCAUCUGCUCGAGGCUUUGUGGACAUUGUGGAGUGUCUGGUGGAACACAAGUCUGAUCUAGAGACAACUGACAAGGACGGCCACACAGCCCUCCACCUGGCUGUACGGAGGUGUCAGGUUGAAGUUGUCCGCUGCCUCCUCAGACACCACUGCCACCUGGAUCAGCAGGAUCGCCAUGGCAACACACCGCUGCACAUCGCCUGCAAGGACGGAAACCUGCCCAUCGUCACAGCAGUCUGCAGUGCUAAAGCCAGCCUUGAUCUUCCUAAUAAGUAUGGCAGAACUCCUCUCCAUCUGGCUGCAAACAACGGGAGCCUUGAGGUUGUUCGUCAUCUAUGCCUGGCAGGAGCAAAUAUUGAUGCUGUCACCAAUGAUGGGAAGACAGCAGAGGAUUUGGCGUACAAUGAUCAACAUGAAGCCAUAGUUUCCUUGUUGGGCAAGCUGAAAAAGGACAACCACAAACUGAGCUACAUCCAGCAGCUGCGGCCUACGCAGACUGUCCAGCCCAGGAUCAAGCUGAAGCUUUUCGGACACUCGGGAGCUGGGAAGAGCACCCUGCUAGAGUCUUUGAAGUGUGGCAUCCUGCGCAGCUUCUUCAGGAGAAAACGGACUCGUAUGACCAACACAGCCCGCCACCCCAACUCCCCUGUCAACUCUAAACCUGCCGUGUCAGUAAGCAUAUCCAACCUGUACCCGGGAUGCGAGAAUGUGAGUGUGCGCAGUCGCAGCAUGAUGUUUGAGCCAAGCCUGACCAAAGGAGUGCUGGAGGUCUUUUCCCCCGUCCACAAUGCUCUGUCUACAGCUGAUGAACAGGCAACGAAAGCCAUCGACAUCCAGCACGCCAACAUCCACGGAGUUGGGGAUUUCAGCGUGUGGGAGUUUUCAGGGAACCCGGUCUAUUACUGCUCCUAUGACUACUUCGCAGCCAAUGACCCCACGGCAAUCCACGUGGUCUUGUUCAGUCUGGAGGAGCCUUAUGAGACUCAGCUUAGCCACAUCACUUACUGGCUGAACCUGCUAAAGGCCCUGACUCUACCGCAGGAUAACAUCGCGUUUGGUGGUCGGAUCCAGCAGCCUCUUGAGGUUGUUUUGGUAGCAACACACGCCGAUCUUGCUGACGUCCCCAGAGCAUUUUCUGGAGAGUUUAGCUACAACAAAGAGAAAGCUCUGCUCAAGGAAAUCAGGAACAGGUUUGGUGUUGACCAGCAGAUCAGUGAAAAACUGUUUGUGAUGGACGCUGGAGCCUCAAACUCCAGAGACGUGAAGCUGUUGAGGAGUCACCUUCAGGAUUUACGCAGUAACAUCAUCUCUAGGUGUAGUCCCAUGACACUGCUGUCAGAGCGUUUACUGACCACCCUGCCUACCUGGAGGAAGCUGAGCGGUCCCAACCAGCUGACGUCAUGGCAACAGUUUGUCACUGAUGUCCAGGAGAACAUCAACCCUCUGGUCAGCCAGGAUCACCUGCGCACGCUAGCACUGCAGCUGCACAGUAUGGGGGAGAUCAACAUCAUGCAGAGUGAGACAGUGCAGGAUGUUGUCCUCCUGGAGCCUCGCUGGCUCUGCAGCAAUGUGCUCGGUAAGCUUCUCUCUGUGGAGACACCAAAGGCCAUCCACCACUACAGGGGGCGCUACAGGCUUGAGGAAGUCCAAGCCCUGGCACCUGAAAGCGACGUGGAUGAGCUGCUGCAGAUCCUGGAUGCCAUGGAUGUCUGUGCCCGUGAUGCCACCAACCCCUCCAUGGUGGAUGUUCCAGCCCUCAUCAAGACAAACGGCCUCCACCGCUCCUGGACUGAGGAGGAGGAGGAGGAGUCACUGAUCUACGGUGGAGUACGACUGGUCCCGGCAGAGCACCUUACACCCUUCCCCUGUGGCCUGUUUAACAAGCUGCAGGUGAACCUUUGUCGCUGGAGCCACCAGCAGAAGCCUGAGGAGGAAAGUGGGGAGGAUUUUGAUGGAGACAUCCACCUGUGGACUAAUGGAGCCAAGGUGAGCCAGGCGGGAGUAGAGGCCAUGAUCCUGCUGGUCAACCAUGGUCAGGGUGUGGAGAUUCAGGUGCGCGGCCACGACUCAGAACGAGCCAAGUGCUACACCCUGCUAGACACUAUCUGCAAUAUCACAGAGAAUCUGCUGGCCUCGACCCUGCCUGGACUGCUCACAGCCAAAUACUACCUGAGUCCCCAGCAGCUUAGGGAGCACCAUGCUCCCAUCAUGAUCUACCAGCCCAAAGACUUCUUCAGAGCACAGGUUCAGAGAGAAACAUCGCUCACCAACACCAUGGGUGGAUACAGGGAGAGCUUCAGCAGCAUCCUGGCUUUUGGCUGUGCAGAAGUAUACCAGCAGGGGAUUCUGGGAACAGACGUCCACAUAUCAGAUGUUCCCCUGCUGGCUCGCAGGAAGCUCUGCCGCAUGCUGGACCCUCCUGAUGCUCUAGGAAAAGACUGGUGCCUGCUCGCCAUGAACCUUGGCCUCACAGACUUAGUGGCCAAACAUAGCAAUGGGUCUUCAAACGGCCCCCCUGAACUUGACUCUGACCCGGACAGCCAGAAGGCAUCACUACAGCCCAGCCCGACGGCAGCUCUAAUGCAGGAGUGGAGUGGGCGAACCGACAGCACGGUGGGCGUGCUGAUGUCCAAACUAAGGGAGCUUGGCCGCAGAGAUGCCGCCGACUUCCUGCUAAAAGCUUCACCUGUUUUCAGGGUCAACAUGGAGGCAGUGAAUGGGGCCGCUAAUGGCUAUCCGCCCACCUGCAAUGGUGGUACGUCCUACAACUCUAUCAGCUCUGUCAUAUCCCGCUGAACUGAACAGGGUCGGCUUUUGCCAAACAUUCUGAUGAGACAUUCCCUGAAAACAGAACCAUGAGGGUCGCGUGUUAAUGAUCAUAAAGUGCAAUCGUUACCAGACUCCAGCUGCUCGUUCUUGAUCGCCCAUUAAGUUGGUGUGUGAACCAGAUGUUGUGUUUGUGCUCUCCACACCUGUACAGCCACCUUUCCUCCCACUAUGAAUGUUGUAAAAGAGCCGAUUGUCCUGAGCUCCAAAGAGGAAUCCAGUGCUUUUAUUUUGUUUUUUAAUCUUGUUGUGCUGCUUUUUAAUAUCCCUCCCACACUACUGCACUUCCAAAUCCCACUCAUCUUACAGCUUAUGACGGAAAACAUACAUAUGUAAAGAAUAGAAACAGUUAAAAACAAAGAUGGUGGUCUCAAGUUUUGACAUAUCCAUCCUCAAGUGAAAACAGAAGGAUAAAUUAUUUCUGUUAUCAUGCCUGUGGCUACCAUCUUUGCUCACUCUACACAGUUACAUAAAAUAUGAUAUCCCUUGUUGAUUCUGUGUUACUGAGAUGAUUUUUGCUUGUUCAGCUUAGUGUUUAAUAAAUUAACAGCAUUU